GAUUUUUAUAAAUUCAGCACCAUACGAAUUAAAAUCAUUCGCAAACACAUCAUUAAAACGAAAUGUCGGACGACGGUGAGAUACCAAGUAGAACUGAAGCUGUUGUUAAAAAUUCAAAAGAUACAUUUUGUUUAGAGAAAUUUAAAAAGAAGUGUUUGCUCUUAACUUUGACUUUGGUUUUGCUUUUGGCAAUUAUUGGAAUUUUAUUUCAUGAAUACAGAACGUCAGAAAUAUCGAUGAUUAAUACGUUUGAAACAUCGACGACUAAUGGGUUAGACACAUGGACAACUAAUACGCCAGAAUCAUCGACGAUUAGAGAUCAAAUUCAUGCGGUAAGAUUUAUCUCUCGAUCAGAAUGGAUUGCGCAACCACCAGACCGUGAGCUAGCACUGCUUGCUUUGCCCGCAAAACGUGUAAUAAUCGCAUAUACAGCCACCGAAAAUUGUACGACACAGGCAUCGUGCAGUUAUCGUGUUAGAAUGAUUCAAACAUUUCACAUCGAUUCACGAGGAUGGGAUGACAUUGUUUAUAAUUUCUUAGUUGGUGGCGAUGGUGCCAUUUAUGUGGGCCGUGGAUGGAACGUUCAAGGUGCACAUACAAAAGGUUACAAUGUGAAUAGCAUUUGCAUUGCAUUCAUUGGAAACUUUAAUAAAAUCGAACCACCAAAAGCACAACUUUAUGCAGCACAAAAACUUAUCGAAGAAGGUGUUAAAUUAAAAAAAUUAACUUCGGAUUAUGCUCUUUAUGGUCAGCGUCAAUUGAUACCGUCAGAGAGUCCUGGUCUAGCGUUAUACAAAAUUAUUAAAAAAUGGGAUCAUUGGACUGAAGAUGUCGUAUAGCUGUUGUGCUGUUGAGAGAAUUGAUAAGAGACCGUGUUGGAAACAUAAAAAGAACAUUUUUAAUUGUAAUUUAUGACGAUUCAACAAAAAAAUAUACAUAUGCAACGAUUCAUUGCAA